AUGGAGAAGGUCAGCAAGGAUCAUACUGUGGAGUUUAAUAGUGACAGGAUUAUAACCACUGUAACUAAUGAUUCUUGGAAGGUUGAGGUUGUUCUGCACGAGCUUCAGGUGUCUCUAGCUACCACUGUCGACCGCGUAGUUGGUUUCGACAUCAAACACAAAUCGAAUCGCAGCGACAACAACAGUACUAUAGCAACUCUUCAGCUAUGCCAUGGAACUUGUUGCCUUGUUAUUCAACUACCUCGCUUGGGUUCAAUCCCAAACUCUCUGGAAAGGUUUGGAGUUGGGAAAAUCAUAGAUGAGGUUUCUGAUCCGCCAAACCGGAAUCGGAAUCGUUAUUCUAAUCUUGAGUUGUCUGAGUUAGCUGCAGAGAUUCUCGGUGUGGUUAUCAUAAAACCGGUAUGUGUAGCUCAGUCUGACUGGAGUUCUGAAUAG